AUGUUUCGAUCGUCGAUAUCUAUAUUCGGCAUCAGGACCCCACGACCAGAGCAAGACGUGGAAAACUCGCCGGCACCACCGUCCCAAUCUCGCUUUGCUCGCUUCUCCACCAAUGCGAGAACAAUAGUGGGUUCUUCCGUCUACUCGCAGUCGCCAGGUCCCUCGAGAUGGAAGUCGCCGAAGAUGCCUUCGAUGGGCUUCGCUCGCCGUCCAACAUCAGCCGACCUCGACACUGUAAUCGAUGAGUCCAACGGAUCAAACUCAGCACUUGCCUCACACUCAGCUGCGUCCUACGUAGGCGCAAUCUCGCAAGAACAGAUCCGGACGCCUGAACAGACCUACAACCGCCACCCAGCAGAUGUGCCACUGCCCCACCAAGAUCCAUUCGUCGACUCUGAGGUCCAGCAGCUAGCCGAUGAGGUCAAUGGACCACGACGACACCGUCGGCGCAAGAGGAGAAAGCAGCACCGUAGCGACCACUGGAAGCGCAAGCGGAGCGACCGAGGAAAGCUGAUGCCGUUUGUCCGCGGCACAGCAGCACGCGGAAAACUCAUGGCUUGCAUCAUCUCAGGCACCUUUCUCCUCAGUGUCCUGACAAUCUAUCUUGCCAUCGCCCUCACGAACAAAGACGUUGGCCAGGAGAUCCACGUUCUAUUUAUCCUGCUCCUCCUCAGCAUAACAAUCUUCUUCUGUCACUCCCUGAUCCGGCUCUGUAUGCUGCUCCUCAAUCCACCCUACGAGGUCGAGCGGCAAGCAGUACCCAACCUCACCGCACCCGAGGGCUUCCAGCCCAUCGUUCCCAUUCCUGUGCGUCUGGGCCGCGAUGACGAACUCGACUCGGACAACGACAUGGCAGAUCUCGAAGCAGGCGAUCCCGAAAAGGAGGUCCUGCCCCCUCCACCCCCAGCCUACGGGCUGUGGAGGAGCAGUGUGCGUGUCGAUCCAAAUUUGCUGCACUGGCAGCGCGUCGAAGAGAACAGAGCACAGUCAGCCAUCUCCAUGCCCAGCAGUCGAGACGGGGGCGUUGUGGCUGCCUCGACGCACGACUCUGCUACUGAUGUGCCAGCCGAGGGCCCUCGGCCACCAAGCUACGUCUCCGAGGACGGCGUGAGCUACAUCACCGAGGCAGCACCACGCAGCGUAGCGCCCGCACAGGACGCUCCUGCUCCCAGCGGCGUGCACCCGGCCUGGCGCAGCAGCUACGUGAUGAGUGAGAUCCGGCCGGGCGAGGUACCUGCGUCCAUGGGCCGACGGUGA